CCUGUCUGCCCAUCUGUCUGUCUUUCGUUAAAUUUAUUUGUUUACCUGUAAAAGCUGUCAGUCUUUUUUCUAAACCGCACACUCACCCUCCCUACUGAGAGUACCAGUUAUGUCUCAGUUGCAGAAUACUCAGUGACGUAAAAUAUGACAGAAAAACAUUUGCAGACGUAAGGGCAGAGCUUCCCCUUCCCCUCAUUUACCGUACCCAAAAAAUUGAGCCAGCGGAGCCUUAGAACAGCCCACACCAGAUGCCACCACCUCGUGCAACAACACAUUCAAACAGAAACCUUAUCACUGGUGGGUUGUUGCUGUCUUGCGCACACACACACACACACACACACACACACACACACACACACACAUUGACAGGUUUCUCUUAGCUGCAAAAAGUGCGCCAUGCUGUUGACCUAUACAGCAGAGCUUGAAGAGGAAGGCAUGCUUGUGCAUCCGUCUGCUGUUUACAGAAGAGUGUGAAGCUGAGACGCUGCUGGAGCAUGUGGUGGUCACUCCUUGGUCUGACCUCCCCUUUUCAUCCAUGCUGAUCAUUUAGGGAGAAGACAGCAAAGCACAAGGUGUUGUGGGCGUCUGAGUGAAAAGAUGAAGAAUAAUUGAAUUGAAUUAUACCAACAGUGUCUGUGCUAGAGAGGGAAUGACUUUGAAUACGUCUGGAUCGGGGGAGGAGUCCUCCUCCUCACAAUGUGGCUACAAUAUGACCAGCUGGGAGCAGCGCAUGGACUCGAUGUACACCUACUUCUACCUGCUGCUUUUCAUUCCUGGGCUGCUGCUCAACACCACUGCCCUCUGGGUCCUCUGCAGACACAUUAGUAAGAAGACCAAGGCAGUGAUCUUCAUGAUAAACCUGGCAUUAGCCGACCUGGCCCACAUCCUCUCUCUGCCCCUCAGGAUCUAUUAUUACUUUGCUCAUACCUGGCCCUUUGGACACAACCUCUGCUUGUUCUGCUUUUACCUCAAAUACCUCAACAUGUACGCCGCUAUAGUGUUCCUGGUGUGUAUUAGUGUGCAGAGGUGUGUCUUCCUGCUCAACCCAUUCUCUGCUCGCCAGUGGAGGCGGCGUUACGACGUGCUGAUCAGUUUUAUAGUGUGGGUGGUAGUCAGUCUGGCCUGCUCACCUUUCAUUUUUAUGCGGAGCAGCAGCAGCAGCAGCAGUGCCACCACUGCUAGCGUGGGUACACAGAUCUUGAACAUGUCCUAUCCUUUGGAUGCCGCUUCUACCCAACAUCCCACCACUUACAUCAAGCUCUAUGUGUCGUCUUUGAGUACAAGCCCUCAGGUCUCCAGUCUCAGCUCUGCUAAAGCCGGCUGUUUUAAAGACUUGCCCAUGCGUCAUCUGUCCCCCUUUCUGGCAGUCACCAUGAUGGCUCUCGCUGAGUUGUUUGGCUUCCUGAUUCCUUUGACUUGCAUUUGUUACAGCUCCAUCCGCAUCGCCCGUUCCCUCCACCAGAGACAGACAGUGGAGGAUCAGAAGAACUCCACCACGCUCUCACGCUCUCGCACUCAGUCAGUCACGUCGGCAGAUAAUCACGAGAAGCACACAAACAGUGACAAGCGGCGUGCCCUGCAGAUGGUGCUGAGCUGCACUGCCCUCUUCUUGUUCUGCUUCGCCCCCUACCACCUCAACUUCCUGCUCUACCUGAUGGUGUCGCAGGACAUAAUAUCCGACUGCACCAUGAGUCUGGCAGUGCGUCAGUUCCACCCAGUGUCUCUGUGCAUGGCAAGCCUGAGCUGCUGCCUCAACCCUCUGCUCUAUUACUUUCUAACAGCUGAGUUCAGAUCGCACCUCACCAGACGCAGCUCCUCCUUCACCUCCACACUCCUCUCCUCUCCGGUCAGCUCCCCGUCCCAGCGUUCUGCACCGCACAGAAUGAUGAGCUUGAGGAGUAACUACUCAGACAGAGAAUAGCAUUAAUCAGAUUUGGUUGUUCCUCUGGAGAAACAGAUAGAUCUUGAUGAGCUUGAAAACAGACUUACAAGAUCCAAACUGGACAAUAAAAUGAUACCACACGUCUUUCAAUGUUACCGCUGUUAAGUACAACCUGAUCCAGCGAGCUUUGACUUCAAUGUGAAGAGCCUCCUAGAGGACACAUUUCAGAACAAACAGAUGAGCAACUGAAAUGGCGUCUGCCUUUUGUGUGUUUCACAGUGAAUGGGUACAGGAUAGGCUUACCUACAACGGGCUGUGUUUAUUUUCUGUAUCAUAUGUCUCAUGUUCUCAAACCACAGCCUUAGUAAAAAUGCAACAACUUUAAAUAAGCUACGACAUAAACUUUAAAGCUUUAUGUAAAAGUGUACGAAUGUGCUGCAAAUAAAAGU